CUCUGCAAAACUGUUGUUAAACACAUAACUGUGGAUUGAAGAUACUUGAAUCGGCUAAAGCAGUAGGAAGAAAAUCUCAUUAUGGCACCUUCGGGAAGAAAGCAUGGAGGAAAAGCUGGUAAAUCAGCACAGGAAGAUAAAGCCAUACCUGCCUAUGACUUUCAGGAGGAAAGAAAAGAGCUGAGUGGAUCAGAGGAAGAUAUUAGAGAAGGUGAAACACCAGUAAUGGACAAGCAUGGAAAGAAAAGACCUUUGGUGACUACUCAUGUGGUUCCAGAUGAUGUGGGGGGUGAAGUACAGAAUAUGCUGGAAAGAUUUGGAGCUGACAUUAACAAGGCUCUCUUAGCUAAGAGGAAAAGAUUAGAAAUGUAUACGAAAGCCUCACUCAAAACCAGUAACCAGAAGAUUGAACGUUGGAAAACACAGCAGGAGCAAAGGCAGAAGCUCAAUCAUGAGUACUCUCAGCAGUUCCUGACUUUAUUUCAGCAAUGGGAUGUAGAUGUGCAGAAAGCAGAGGAGCAGGAAGAAAAGCUAGCGAAUAUGUUUCGUCAGCAACAAAAAGUUUUUCAACAGGCAAGAAUAGUUCAAAGUCAGAGACUGAAAACCAUUAAGCAACUCUAUGAGCAAUUCUUAAAGAGCAUGGAAGAGCUGGAGAAGAGCAAUGAAAAUCUUCUAGUUGGUGCACAAAGUGAACUUCGCAAAGAAAUGGCUAUGCUGCAGAAGAAGAUUAUGAUGGACACCCAACAGCAGGAGAUGGCAACUGUUCGCAAGUCUCUUCAGUCCAUGUUAUUCUGAUGGCUCAAUGGAGAAACAACUUGUACCUAAGUAACAUGAUACAAGUAUAGGCAUUAGCCAUAGAGAAAUAUGUUAAGAUUUAAAUGUUUUAGCGCUUUCAUGGAUUGUUCUAAUCUUGUGUCUGAUAAUGUUGUAAGAACAUAUAUUAGUAAAUUUAUUACUCUGGCGGGGGGCAGUAUGGACCCCAACAUUUACUGUCUGUCCAAUUAAUCUUUAACUACUUAAUACUCACUUUCAGUAGCACUGGACUGUUUAAAUUGUUUCACUUUUUCUAAUGCCAAAUUGUAACAAUGGGCAGAAUUAAUGAAAAAUGGAUUACCCAGAGUUUACAUAAUAAUUUUAGGCCUUUAGGUACCUUGUACAAAUAGAAGCAUUUUUCACAAGCUGCAGACUUUAAGAUUUUCAUAGUUUCAACAUUUAGUCUGCUGACAUAUCAGCAGUUAUAAAAGUUCACAGAGUAUGACAUAGCUCAUAUAAGAUUGUUUAAUGAUGUGUAUUAUGGUAAAUUAAAGUAAAUUUUGUUAACUCUUUUGUUAGGCUAGGCAUUGUAAUAUCUUUGUACUAGUAAGAGAAGUAUGAACUGCUGUAAUUUGUCCAAAAAGCAGGUUUCUUUAGUUGAAUGAUGAGCUGAGUAUCACAGCUUUAUACGACAUCUGGUCAAGUAAGCAUAAUUAAACAUUAUGCAUUUUGGGGUAUAUAGUUCUUGUAGAACCACUGCUAGAAGUAAUCUAGCUCAUUUAUUUAGUACAAGUUAUUACAAGCCUUUGAGAUGGAAUAUUACUUUUUGCAAUUCCAAAUGACUAGCAAUUUAUGGAGACCUAAAUUUUAAGGAUAAAGUAUUUAUCUUUCAUGUAUCUCAUUACAGUAAAUCAGUAUAAAUUAAACAAUUGGCUUAGCUUGCAUGCAGUUUGUUUUUACAGAAAACCAUUAUGCCUGA